AUGGCUGCUACCAACGGCGACUCUGCCACCACCAACUUUAUCAACCACUCAACCCUCCCUUGCAUCGUCGACAAUGCUCCCUUCACUCCAUCCCACACCUACUCGGUCUACCGCACCGAUCAACCCUCCACUUCCAGCCGCGACGUCACCCACAAAGUUCACAGCAUCAUCGCCUCCGAUGUCGAGCACGUAGUCGCUUCCUCUCAAGCCGCCCUUCCCGGAUGGCGCCAAACACCCGCCGCGCGUCGCCGCGAGAUCCUUCUCAAGGCAUGCUCGCUCCUUCUCGAGCGUGUUCCCGAGUAUGCAGCCAACACUAUGGAGGAGACCGUGCUCUCGCGUGGUAUGGCUGGCUUUGAGCUCGCCGUGCUUGCUUCGGGUCAUCUCCAGUCUGCCGCUGAGAGCGUCACCCACGCCCUCAAGAGCGAGAUCUUGCCACCCGGCGACGACGGUGCCAUGAAGAUCGUCAAGCGUGAACCCUAUGGAGUGGUGCUCGGCAUCGCACCUUGGAACGCUCCCUUCAUCCUUGGUCUGCGAUCCAUUCUCUACCCCAUCGCUGCUGGUAACACUGCCAUCCUCAAGACAUCCGAGUUUGCUCCUCGCGUUCACCUUAGCGUUGCUCAGAUCCUCAUCGACGCCGGCCUUCCCAAGGGCGUCCUCAACGUCGUCCACGUCGACCCGGCCCAUGCACCCGAAGUCACCGAAGCACUCAUCGCCCACCCGCGCGUCCGCAAGGUCAACUUCACCGGCUCCACCCGCGUCGGUCGCAUCAUCGCCUCCACCGCCGCCAAGCACCUCAAACCCGUCGUCCUCGAACUCGGCGGCAAAGCCCCGCUCAUCGUCCUCGAGGACGCCGACCUCGACCUCGCCGCCAACGGCAUCCUCUUCGGUGGCUACCUCAACAGCAACCAGAUCUGCAUGGCCGUCAACAACAUCCUCGUCCACAAAUCCGUCGCUUCCAAGCUCGAAUCUACGCUUCAGAGCCUGUUUAACGCGCAUCGCGAGACUUUCACCGCAAAGCUCUCCCAAGGCAUGGAGGACAAGCACGCACUUCGAUCGCUCUUCACGGCUGCCUCUGCCGACCGACUUAAGGUGCUCUACGAGGAUGCCGUCUCCAAAGGUGCUCAAGUCGUGGUCGGAGAGGCAGGCUUCGACGGCGCCCUCGUCCAACCCAUCGUCCUCUCCCCCGUCAAACCCGACAUGAAGAUCUACACCGAAGAAACCUUCGGUCCCGUCCUCUCCCUCAUCACCUUCGACUCGAUCGACCAAGCCGUCGAAAUCGCAAACACUCCCGAGUACGGUCUAGCUGCCAGCGUCUACACCAAGAACCACACGCUCGGUCUCCACGUCGCAGACAGGAUCGAUGCAGGGCAGGUGCACAUCAACGCUCAACCCGUUCACGACGACCCCGUCAUGCCCCACGGCGGCUGGAAGAGCAGCGGCUACGGCAGGUUCAACGGCGUCGAAGGCGUACGGGAGUUUACACAGACCAAAGGUAUUACGGUGCAGGAAGGUCAUGCUAUGCCUUUCAGCUACGUCUAA